UGCACUCGCCCGCCGCCGCCGCACGCCGCCCAGCUCCAGCACGCCGCCGCGCCGAGCGCCCGGGCCCGCGACGCCGCCCGCACAGCGCCGGUCCCAGCGACACGCAGCCGCGGUCGGGCGGCCCCGCGGGGCGGCGGGCGCGGGCGGCCUGGCCGGGGCCGGUUAAAGGGACGAGUUGCAAACAGUUCAGGAAGUGACAAGUCGAUUUCCUCCUCCGAGAGCCGCUCGGUACAAAGCGCUCGGCGCCGGCUGCAGAGCGUGCGCGCGGCGGACGUGCGGCGGGCAGCCGGGACGACUUGGCGAGCGCCGGCGGCGACUGCGCGGGGCUCGCGGCCAGAGCGUCCCGCUGCGCACAGCAGUUGACCACACUUGACCAUUUCCUGCCGUAGCCCCACCCUGAGGCCGGGGGCCAAUGGGGAGCUGUUUCUGCUGACAUCGGUCACCUGGGAGGUGCCUCUGCCUGAGUCUGCCCCGUGGAAGAUGGCUCGUGCCCGCCCUGGGAUGGAGCCCAGCUGCUGAGGCCCUUACCAUGGUGAUGAUCCUAAGGAAAAGCCUCGACGACCUGGGCGCCGACUCCGUCACAUGCAGGACCUUCGACUCUGAGCUGCACACGCCAAAGAAGAUGAGUCACGGACCGACACUUUUCUCUUGUGGAGUUAUGGAAAAUGACAGAUGGCGAGACCUGGACAGGAAGUGCCCUCUUCAGAUUGAGCAGCCGAGCGCCAGCAUCUGGGAAUGCCUGCCCGAGAAGUGUCCGGGCGGCACCCUGUGGCACCAGGAGGCUGCGACCACCUGCGCGGUGACCAACCUGAUCAAAGACCUCAGCCUCAGCGACCCCAACGGGAACCCCUCCGCGCCCCCCAGCAAGCGCCAGUGCCGGUCACUGUCCUUCUCCGAUGAAAUGUCCAGCUGCCGGACAUCGUGGAGGCCCCUGGGGUCCAAGGUCUGGACGCCCGUGGAGAAGAGACGCUGCUACAGCGGGGGCAGCGUGCCGCGCUACUGCGGCGGCUUGGGCACCAUGCAGCGGAGCUCCAGCUUCAGCCUCCCUUCCCGGGCCAACGCGCUCCCCUCGCCCUGCGACCCGGCGGGGUUUCCCCACCGCUUUGGCGGCCAGCCCUGCCCAGGGGCGCCCGACUCGGCCGCCUGUGCACAGGCCGGCGACAUCUGGGGCCCGGACCUGAACCCCGUGGGAGCGGCCCGGCUGGACAUGCAGCGGUCUCUCUCCUGCUCGCACGAGCAGUUUUCCUUUGCCGAGUACGGCACGCCCUCCGCCAGCAGCACCCCAGCCUCAACGCCCGAGCUGGCCAGACGCCCCAGCGGGUUGUCCCGCAGCCGCUCCCAGCCCUGCGUCCUCAACGAGAAGAAGGUCGGCGUCAAACGGCGGCGCCCCGAGGAGGUGCAGGAGCAGCGGCCCUCCCUGGACUUGGCUAAGAUGGCCCAGAACUGUCAGACCUUCAGCAGCCUCAGCUGCCUGAGCUCCGGGACAGAGGACGGCAGCCCGCAUGGCCCCUUCGCUCUCCACGUCAGCAGCACCAGGUCCUGGACCGCCUUGCUCUCAGCCUCAGCCCCCGGCCCUGGGGGCAGGACCCCCGCCGGGACCCCAGUCCCCGAGCCUCUCCCCCCACCCUUUGAUGACCACCUCGCCUGCAAGGAGGAGCUGAGCUGUGAGGAGUCAGAUGGCGGUGCCCUGGACGAGGUCUGCGGCCGGCGGGGGGAGCUGGCCACGGCCUGGCGGGACCGGGGGGCUGCCGAGAGCAGCCCCUGCUCCCUGGACGGCGAGUUGGAUAUCGAACAGAUAGAGAAUAACUGAAGGGGCCACGGGCCCCUGGUCGGGGGUGGGGUGCAUGAGGAUCCACAGCCUCCCUCCGCACUAGGUGGGCACUUGAAGGGAGGCGCCCCACUCCUGGGCCUGACAGAAGCUUCCUGGAAGGCAUCGGGUCCUGGGGAGUGAGCCCACCCACCUCCCGGAAAGGCCGUUCAGCCUGCUGGGGCCCUGGUCGCGCCUCGCAGUGGAACGGAGCGCCCGGCCCUCGCCAGCAUGGCCGCUGUGGUCCACGGAACUGCUGUAGCCGCCGGAGCAGCUGCUCGGUUCGGGUCUGCCUCCCCAUUUUCCUUGUGGGACAUUGGCCAGGCCCCCCUGAACAGUCUCCUGGCCCUGGCUGGGGUUCCCAGCCCCGCGCAGCUUGUUGCGGGACACAGGCCCCCCCGGGGCUGUCAAGGCCCCGCCCUCUGCUCAGGUUCCGUCUGGGGAGUCGGCCCUGCAGGUUCUUUCACUCAGUCUUAUCUGUGCCUUUGCUCCCAGGUCUCCCUCCUGCGGGCUUGGGGGCGCUGCCUCCUGCAGUAACGCCAGAACCGUUUGGCCUUAAUUCCAAGUGUGAGAGACGGGCCUGGGCUGCUGGGGUGGCCCUCCACGCUGGAACUCUCGGGGCCCAGGGAACAACUUGGGGUGCUCAUUAGAGGCCAUCUACAUCAGACACUGGGUGGAUCUGUUGGCCGAAAAGACAGACCCACUAACCUCCCCCGUGUGUGGAGAGCCCAGCCCCGAGGCUCUCCACUGCUUGGGCUGCUUCGGCGGGGUCGGCAGGUGGCAGCCACUUCCUAUGCCAGCCUGUCACUGAGCGCUGAGCUUAGUUGCUUCAGGUGAGUGGAGACUCGUCACCGUAAAAGGGCAGCCUCUGGAAAACAUCCUCAGGAGGCAGGCGUUGUACAGGCACACAGACCAGGCCUGGGCGCGUUCGGGGUGGAGAGGUCUGCUGCCUACUCGGGGGGCCCGGCCCGGUCCAGGCCUGCCAGGCCCCCUGCAGGGUUCCAGGUACGUUCUCCUUGGUGGGGGGCAGCCAGCUCUAUCAGGAUGGCCCAUCCCUCUCUAGGCAAGCCCCCCAAACCCCACUACUCAGAGCAUGGGGGCAGAGAGUGUCAGUGCCGCCUCCUUGCCGCACCCAGCGCAGGCUCAGAGCUCAAGGUGCACCCGCCCGUCCCCAGCUCCGGGCGCCUGGCUCCUCCCUCUUGGGCAGCUCCUGUCCACCUGUCUGCAGACUCCCCACGUGGGGGCUGCUCUCUUGGAAUCAGGCUUUGAGCAAACUCGGCUCUUCACAGGCAAUAGCAAACAGUCGGCUUAUGAGCCAUGGGCUCCUUUUCCCAAAAGGCUACACAUGAGCGCUGCGCUCUCCGGAGCCGCCAACACGCAAUGUGGGCAGUCACAGUGGCGCUCCGCUUGGCGCAUCUGUUCAUAGCGAAGGCUUCCCUCACUUCUGCAGGUUAACUGCUCCUCCUCUUUUCCCUAAAGGGAGAUUCUGGUGGGAAGCUUUACUGAAACCUUCACUUUUUUAUAUCAGAGGAGGUGGCUCGGGUUCUGGCGUAUAGGUGGUUUUUUCUACAAACCAGCCAUAAGAUGCAGAAAACCCCAUCAGUGGCCUGGGAGAUGAGUGGAAGCCCCUGGUCAGGGAGUAUAGGGGGUGUGCAGGCCCUGGGCAGGGCUGGGGUGCCCACCAGCUUCGCCUGAGUGGCUCCCACCAAAGGCACAGCCCCUUAGGACCGUGGAGAGCCAAACCAGAGUGCUGGGGGCUCCGGGCAGACGAGGACAUCUCGGCCGACCCCCGCCUGGCGGGCUGUGGAGGUUGUGUCCCCUUGGCAGUAACCCAGAGGAGGGGGCGGGUGAGUUGGAGAGCACUGCAGAUGCUCCGAGUCCCCAGGAGGCCUGGGGUGGGGGUGCUGGUGUUUGGCCCACACCAAGAAGAGUGACCACAGAGGGACCACGGCCUCUAAAGCAGCCCCUCCUGUGGGAGGAGUGGCAGGGCCCCAUCCCCUUGUCCACACUGCAGGUGACCACAGUGAGGGGCCGGGAGCUGAGCCAGGACAGGCCUGGGUGGCAGCCCCCAGAUGCCUUUCCUUGGGGGACAGGAAGGGAGGCACAUGGCGGUGGGUGUCACAGGGCUGUGGUGCAGUUGACCUCCCUGUGGACUAGCAGUCCAGCCCCAGGGCACUUUCAGGCAGAGGGGACCCCAGCCCAAGGCAGGGUUGGACCCCUCACAGCCUCUCUGGCCCCUCUUGACUGUGCCCGCCAAGCUCCUGUCCCAAGCCCGAGCCCACAGCGGCAGCACUGGGGGCAGAGGAUGGCCUGUGUCCCUUCUGCUCAGAGAAGGAUGCAGCCUGUAGUUGGUUUCAUAUUUGUCCUCUGGUUGUAGAGAGCAGACUUCAUCUAGAAAGCUCUGCCACAUUGCCCAGGGAGGCCCUUUCUGGUCUUGGAGGGAGGCUCACCCAGGGAGCUCUCUCGGACCCCGUGUGACCAUCCCCAGGGGCGGUGGGCAGACUGGCGGCUCACCCUGCAGCAGCCUCACUUUGGUCAGAGUCCUGCCUCUUGCAUCUGAUGCCCAUGAACUCCCGCCCCUGGGGGGCGCCGAGGAAGUCAGAGCAGGAGGGGGGCUGUGCCAGGCUGUAUGCCGGCCCUGGGGGUCCUGGAGGAUGGGUGGGGAGGAGAGGCUUGCUGUCACACGCCCCCCCCCCUACUUGCCCCCAAGGAGUGCCCUCUAAGGCCCCCGGGCUCCCAGGGGCUGCUGUCUGCCUGUGGGGGCCGGGCAGGGCUCCGGACUACAGCCCCCGACCCCGUUUACAUUGCCGCAAACCCUCUUGCCUUACUCUUGGUGGCCAGAACCUGGCCCGGGGCCCACAGGCACAUGUGAUGUGCAGGCCACAGGGGACCCAGUUCUGACCAUACCUACGGAUUUUCAUUCUCAGAAAGCCUUACUUUUCCACAGUUUUUGUAGCAGGAAAGUUUUGUGAAUUUGUAUGCUGAAAGAGAAUUUCAAUAAAGCGAAAGCCCACAUGAUGAAAUGAAACCAAACGUCCACAUGAGUCUCCCCGUGUAGGGGGGAGGGGUGUGUGGUUCCCACACCCCGGCGUUCAGGGCACUGUCCAUCCGAGCAGCUUCCGAGGCAUUGAACCCAGCUUGGGCUUGCUCCCCCCGUGCCGCACAUCCAUGUCUGCUCGUGAGGCCGGAGUCACGCACUUGGCCUCGGGCCAGCCACCUAGGUUGUCACCACUCCACGCUCUGUGACUGGGGCAGGGGCAGACCCCCCCUGCUGCCACCAGCAGACGCUAUGCUCCCCUGCAAGCAAUGGGCCGCCUCUCGCCACAGCCCCAUAGUUGGUCACAUCCUGCCCUUUGGUGCCAGUCCCAGAAAACCACUUCUCUUUGAAGGGGGAAGGGACGAGAGGAAAGAAGUCCCAGAUGGCAGCGGGGAGCGUGUAGCCCAGGUAGGGUAGUCUGACCUUCUAGCACAGUCUCGUGGGCAAAUAAAUGGUGUGUUCAGUGCGUGGGGGGAUGUCCUGGUGCUAGGUGACAGCGCUGGGCUGUUUGGGGGCCGCAGUGUGCUUUCCUGGAACUGGAUGUCCCCCGGGAAGGGUGGUGGCCAGGCCCCGCCCUGGGCAGAGCAACCUGUGAGCCCAAGGCGCCCAGCGCAGCCCGCCCUCCGCCCAGGCAGAGCUGUCCCGCACUACAGCUGCUCUAGUCUCAGGAAUUUGCUUGUUACUUUUACUGUGUAAAUAAAGCUUCCUGGUUUAAUGUCCAUCCACCAGGA